AUGGAUACUACAUAUGGCAUUGCCGGCCUCAAUGAGGCGUUUUCGCCUGGGUGUGCGACGGACGCAUCGGGUCCUGCCGGCCGCGCCGACGAUGUCAGCAUGGGUACGACCAUUAUUGCGAUGCACUACCGCGAUGGCGUACUUCUUGCCGCUGACAGUCGCACGUCGUCUGGUCCAAUAGUGGUAAACCGCGUUGCGCGCAAGAUAACGCGCAUCUUGCCGAAUGUGUUCAUGCUCCGUUCUGGUUCGGCGGCGGAUUCGCAGAUGCUCUCCAUGAUUAUCCGCUACCACGCACAGGCGCUUCGAUCGCAACUGAGACCAAACGGACGCGCCAGAAGUGACGAUGUAAGCGGGAAUGACGAAUCGAUGCAGGUGGACUGCGAGAUGUCGACGGAGGACGAGUACACGUACCAAUUCGACGAAGCGGAGGUUUCCCCGCCCCUGCAGGCGCUAGCCACUGCUACCGGCAACCUCGUACACUCCUAUCGUGAUCAGCUCUAUUGUGGAGUGAUACUGGGUGGCUAUGACCACGAGAAAGGACCUGAAGUCUACAAUGUGACAUUGGGAGGCACUCUCGUAAAGAUAUCAGACUUCGUUGCCAGUGGAUCGGGUUCUGGUUACAUUACGGCAUUUCUGAGAGACAACUUCCAGCCGGACAUGACUCGCGAUCAGUGCCUACAGCUCUUAAAGCGCGCCAUCAAGUACGCCAUAGACCUCGACAAUAGCUCUGGCGGCCUCAUGCGAGCAGUCGCCGUUUCGCGCGGGGGCGUCUCAGAGUUCUGUUUCACGUUUUAG